AUGACCAAUUCGAGCAUGACGGACGAGGCCGCAUUGAGUGAUCCGGCCACAACCUAUCGAACUUUGUACCGCAAAAGACAAUCGCCCAGUAGCAGUGGGACCGGCGCUAUGAACGAGGCACCACGAAACGGGAUGCGAAAGUAUUGCAGACAUGAAACACUCACAUUGCGUGCUCUCAUGGCUGGCAAAGUAAGUUCCAAACGAUUGUUCUCAUUCGGAUCCAUUCACUCAUCUUCUGCGAGAUUCACAAAUGUGUUCAUCUUAGUUCGGUUUUGCACACGGUGUUGA